GCUGAGAGGUUAAUAUUUCAGCCUCUGAAGCCUCUGCUGUCUUGGUUCAAAUCCUGCUCUGGUCACUUGCUAGCUCUAUGACCCUUUGUGCUUCCAUUUCCUCCUCUGUAAAAUGGGUUCUCUCUUGAAGUAUGGUGAGGAUUAAAUCACUUGAUUUAUGGUGAGAAAAUAAAUCACUGAGGGCUUAGCAUGGAGCCUGGCACCAAGAAAUGUUUCGUAAAUAUUAGCCGUUUCCAUAAUUAUUAUUUAUUAUUAUUAGAAGGUUGAGGGAGGUAAAAGUCCCUUCCCUCUUGCCAGUUCGUAAGAGUACCACCUAAACUGGAUAGAGGUGCUUCUUUGGCUAAGUGGAGUGCUGGGUUUCUUUCUCUGUCCAGUGUCUUCCAAAUUGGCCAUCAGUCUCUUCCAAACUGCUUAAAUGAGGCAAAACCUCCUCUCUUAUUUAUAUUAUAAAUCUCUUACUACCUUGCAGGGGAAGCAGGCAGCACAUAUUAAAUUGCACUUAAGAUUGUCAGCAUUGCUCAGAGUGGAGGGUGGGUGUUUCUCAGUGAGUAGAGAUUGAUCUACCAAAUCAACUGAGAGUUGUUUUUUCUUUUUCUUUCUUUUUUUUUUCUUGAGACGCAGUCUUGCUCUGUCACUCAGGCUAGAGUGCAGUGGUGCGAUAUUGGCUCACAGCAACCUCCGCCUCCUGGGUUCAAGUGACUCUCCUACCUCAGCCUCCCAAGUAACUGGGAUUACGGGCACCUGCCACCAUGCCUGGCUAAUUUUUGUAUUUUUAGUAGAGAUGGGGGGUUUCAUCCUGUUGGUCAGGCUGGUCUUGAACUCCUGACCUCAAGUGAUCUGCCUACCUUGGCCUCCCAAAAGGCUGAGAUUACAGGCAUGAGCCACUGCACCAGGCCUUCUUUCUUUUCUUUUUUAAUUUCUUUUUUCUUUUCUUUUUUUUUUUUUUGAGACAUCAUUUAGCUGUGCUGAGGGGUUCUUAAAUAGGCAGCUCAGAAAAUUGUUUUCCUUUGUCAGCCAAAUAAAUUCAGCAGAUGCUCUUGGAGGGUCCCUGCUGGUGAGGGGUGAGGCCAGCAGUGGAACUCUGAUUUGGUUUUUGCCGAGCUGGUGGUUGAAAGGAAUCCUACUACAUCGGGGUUAUAAUAGGGAAGAUACAUUUUAGAAUAUGCCCAGUGGAGCCAUCGGAUGCUGCAUCGUCCCCAGAGAGCCAAGUCAUCGUGGGCCAAGCUCCCAUCCCCAUGUCUGGCCUCAACUGCAGGCCCAGAUGUUGACAGCUGCCUCUGGAGGGUUAUGGGAGCCUGUGAAUGCCAACAUCCCCAUUGCCUGCAGCGGCUGCUCCCAUCCUGGCUUCCUGGUGGGACUUUUCCAUGAAUUGGGGAAUCUGCUUUCUGAUUCCAAGGCCUAUUAAAAUUUCUGAGCAUUGCCCAUUUCUUUUGCUUUAUCUGUAGGACAUGGGCUGUUUUUAAAGAACCUCACACAUUUAAAAAAAAAAAAAAAAGUGAAUCUGCUUAAGGAAAGGGAGUAUUUUACUUUCUUCCACAGCAUGACCAGACCCAAUCCUGGUCCUGAGAGACAAAACCCAACUAUAUGGGGCAAUAGAAGCUUCAAACUGCUGCCUACAUUGUGUUGGCAGGACCCUGAAUAUUCCUGACAUGGGUUUCUGGAACAAGGGACUCAUGUUAUCAUUGUCCAGGGGUGAGGGUUCUGGCUGGUGCUGGAGAAUCUUAUCCAUGGCAUUUUUAAUUCUUAGGCCAAGUCACACCCUUUCCUCCAGGCAGCGUCCUCAGUGCUGGACCUUGGGCUCCUAACUCUGGCCUCUUGCCCCAAACUCAUUUAUUCUAGAAGCAAGGCCUUGGAACACCUAUUGAGAAUAAGUGGGCAGGCUGAGGCAGCAUUCCCUGGAAUUCCUACGUUGUCAUCAGCCUGAUCCUUGGAAAACCUCCUCUCCAUAAAUGCUUACUUGCAUUCCCUCUCUCCAGCCCUGACCACAGGAUCUCCACGGGAGGCUGCUUUGGCAAGUGGCUACUCUUUGGUGGCAGACCUGCCAGACACUUAAGGGCCCCUAGAAGCCUGUUUCUCCGUACAGUCCAGGACCUCCAGCCCUAUGGAGCCCCCGAUCCCACAGAGCACCCCCUUGACUCCCAACUCAGUCAUGGUCCAGCCCCUUCUUGACAGCCGGAUGUCCCACAGCCGGCUCCAGCACCCACUCACCAUCCUACCCAUUGACCAGAUGAAGACCAGCCACGUGGAGAAUGACUACAUAGACAACCCUGGCCUGGCCCCGACCACUGGCCCAAAGCGGACCCGGGGCGGGGCCCCAGAGCUGGCCCCGACGCCCGCCCGCUGUGACCAGGAUGUCACCCACCAUUGGAUCUCCUUCAGCGGGCGCCCCAGCUCUGUGAGCAGCAGCAGCAGCACAUCCUCUGACCAGCGGCUCUUAGACCACAUGGCACCACCACCCGUGGCUGACCAGGCCUCACCAAGGGCUGUGCGCAUCCAGCCCAAGGUGGUCCACUGCCAGCCGCUGGACCUCAAGGGCCCGGCGGUCCCACCCGAGCUGGACAAGCACUUCUUGCUGUGUGAGGCCUGUGGGAAGUGUAAAUGCAAGGAGUGUGCAUCCCCCCGGACGUUGCCUUCCUGCUGGGUCUGCAACCAGGAGUGCCUGUGCUCAGCCCAGACCCUGGUCAACUAUGGCACGUGCAUGUGUUUGGUGCAGGGCAUCUUCUACCACUGCACGAAUGAGGACGAUGAGGGCUCCUGCGCUGACCACCCCUGCUCCUGCUCCCGCUCCAACUGCUGCGCCCGCUGGUCCUUCAUGGGUGCUCUCUCCGUGGUGCUGCCCUGCCUGCUCUGCUACCUGCCUGCCACCGGCUGCGUGAAGCUGGCCCAGCGUGGCUACGACCGUCUGCGCCGCCCUGGUUGCCGCUGCAAGCACACGAACAGCGUCAUCUGCAAAGCAGCCAGCGGGGAUGCCAAGACCAGCAGGCCCGACAAGCCUUUCUGACAGUUUGUGUCGAAGCCCCAUUGCUCUGCCUGGAAACCUGGUUCUCUUCUGACAUCUAAGAAGACUGCAGCAAGGUCAGAGGUUUUAGCCUCCUGAGGCUGACCUUGCUAGUCUGCCCACUCCCUACCCCCAGCUUCGGAAAAUACAGAGACCACCAUCACGUACCCUGUAUUCCCCAAGAUGAUGAAGAAGCACUUUGGGGCUUUUUUUCAGGGUCCUGAAACUUUGUGUCAAACAGACAAUGCAGGGGCAGGGUGUGGUUUGGGGGUAAAUUUUUCUUUUUCAGAAGACAGAACACAGAUGUGGACACAUAUCCGGAAACUGCAGCUGCUUGAAUGCCUUCCCAGCCCCUCCUUCUCCCUCCCUCCGCCCCCCCCUUCCUCUUUUCCAUUGUCUUUGGCUCUCACAGGAGCUAGCUGCCUGGGAGGAAUUGUUAACUGAGUACCAGGGUACCUUUAAAGAAGACCCUUGGAGUCUUCUAUACCUUCUUCUCCUCCCCUAUCUCACUCCACCCCACUUUGUCCCUGAUGUCUGGGGGAAGGUGUAGAACACCCUAGCAGUUCCUAUUGUAUAUACUUGGGAGCCACUGAGAACAGAGGACGGCCAGUGAGUCCAAGCCUCGUUCCUCCUUCUGCCUCCCCGGAGCCACAGGAUGGAUUUAGGAGCCACUGCUCAGUGCACUUCUCCCUUCCAACUGCAUCAACUAACUCUCGGGGGUGUUCUGCUCACCACACCGUCCUUCGGUUCUUACUGAGUCACAGACUCGCCUGCCCACUACGUGUCCUGGGUUCUCUCUACUCAGAUCCCUUCCAGAAACUUUAUAUGGGUAGAGGAAGCCAGGGCGGCAAAUGCGAGACCAAAUAUCAUUUUGCCAAUGAGUCUGAGGCUGUGGUCUCUGGAUCCAGUCAUGUUUUUAUAGAAUAAUUAAACCGGAUGCUAACGGUGUUUUAAAAAAUAAUAAUGAAACAACUUGUUUCCUUUUGGCCACCCCCAGGAAGGGCUGAUUUCAAAAUCUGGGGGCGAGCAACCUCAAGGAACACAAUUUCCCUCCCUAUCAACAAGAGGAUUUUAACAGCAAAGAAGAGAGGCAGCACCUCCCAUUGGCAGAAUGACCGCUGAGCCAGGCUGGGUUUGGGUUUCUUCUCUUCUGAUUCUGCUGCUCACUGUCAUAGCCUUUUGUGUAUAGUGAUGUGUCUGUAUCUUUAAUGUAAAUAGAGAGAUGAUGAAAAAAGAGUCUAUUUUAGUGUUAGGAAGCCCCAGCAGGGGAGUCGGAAGAGCUUGGAAGAGCUGGGGAGAGGGUAGGGGAAAGGUUUUCCAGGGGCCACUGGGUUUGAGCCCUGCUUUUGUGCACAGCCACACCACCCUCUCCCGACAGCCUUCAAAGACGUAGCAACUCUUUCUCUCAAGGUGCUAAAGGACUCAGAAGGUGCAGCACGUCCAGUGGGUAGGUACUUGUUGCAUGCAAAAGCUGUAGUGUAUCUGGUCCUUCCUCCCCAGCUGUUGUGUGGGGUUCUUGCUUUGUGUGGUAUUUUGUUUUCCCCUCUAAUGAGAGGGCAUGGCCUGAGUCAGAAGAGCUACCCCAGGUGAAACUGGAAGUGCAUGAGGCAGAGCGUCCGUAGCAUUUCCAGUUUGUUCUGUAUAGGAACAGAGGUGCCUCCGGGAAGGAGGCAGCGAGGUAGGUAGCUAUGAUAGGCAGGCACCUAAUGCUUCUCAAGGACUUAUUUUUUCCUUCUUGAAGACUAGUAGUAACAUCUUAUGAUUUAGAGUAAGUUAAUUGUAACCAUAGGUAUUUAUUGAUUGGAGGAAGGGAGGGUCAUAUUAUUUUCGGCUUUAUUUAUGUAACAUUUGCUAGCUUGUAAAAGGCGAAUGUGAAAUAUUGCAUCUGCAUUUUCCAAGGCUGAUUCGUGUAGCUACCCUUGCCACAGUUGUGACGGAUGUAUGGAUGUUCUUGAACAUUUCAGAGGGAGUGGUAGAAAAAAAAAACACAUUCAGCCAACCACUUAUAUGAAUUGAAUGUAUCAGAAGUGUACUGAAGGGACUGGAGAUGGUUUUCCUCAGAUGAGGGGGCCCCAAAAUUGAUAGUGCACAUCUGCACACUUUCUGCGAGGCCUCAGAACUUUUCCCAGGGCCCCUCCCUCAAAUUGUCUCCAUGGGAAACUUGACCCAGUGGCAAGUUGCACUUUGGUGAUCUUGGUGGUCUACACACCCGUUCUGUGGAGAGUCGAUUUACAUAAGCUGUGUAUACACACACACACACACACACCCCUACCCCACACUGACUGUCUACCGACAGAGACCCUAUUUCCUGGCAAACGGCCUCCUGAACCCUGACUUUUUGUGUACAUACUUGUAAACACGGAUUUUUCUGGGUUUUGGUUUGCUUUUUCCUUUUUUCCCCCUGCCCCCGUUCUAGCUUGUUCUUCUUGGUUUGCUUUCAACCUGCUUGAUGGAUGUCUGCAGAGUGCUCUCUAAGAGUCCACCUCAGUGCCUCGUGUGCUCAGUGGUCAUGGGAAGGAGCGAAGGAACCAUCCUUGGUUCUCCCAGCUUGGUUGUGUAGCAAUCCCUCAGCAUUGUUUUUCUCAGCUUCUUGGCAAAAAUUUAAAAAACAACAACAAAAAAAAAAACAAAAGGAUAAACUGGCUUGCCUGUGGACCCUCCCUGGCUCUGGGGCCAGUUGAGAGCCACUGAGGGACCCAGCACUCAGAGACACAACACAUGUGUAGCUGCUUCUGGCUGAGUGUGUUUCCUGUCACCAAUGGCCUGUUUGGCUGGACGAUGCCUCGGCUUGACCUUUUUUGAAAAGUGCUGGUUAGUUCCCGCCCCUGGUAAACCUGGGGUAGGUGGGGGUUCUGCCUUAACUCGAGGGGCACCUGGGAUCCAGGACGCUUCUAGGGGGCUCUGGCUGCCCGUGUUAAUGAAGGACAGCGCUUCCGCGAGCACCCUGGGAACUGGGUCUUGGGUAGCAAAGCCCUCCCAGAGAAAAGAUGGGCACAACUAAGGCUUUCCUGAGCAGGAAGGGGGUGAAGACCAAUCCCUUCCUUUGGUCCUUUGGUACGCACCCCCUCAGAGCUGAGAUGGAAGACAUGGCUAGUUCUUUUCAGCCUUGUGGAGCCUGUCAGUCGCCAUCAUACCUCGAGUGAGACCCAGCUAGAUAAUGACUUGUCCAAGAUGGCACACGUGGAAAGUUGAUCUGCACCAGAACCCGGAUGACUGUCACCUUGAAGCAUCCUGUUCUCCUUCUGUGCAGUCCCAGGAAGUGUCUGGCGGGCGUGGGCAGCACAGCUCUACACUGUACAAUUCACUAGGGCAUCCUGCGAGCCUCACUAGCCUUCUGGUUCAUGCCUUUGACAAGCAUUUUUGUGCCCCCUCUGCUUACUGUGACAGUCGAUGAUGAAUCUUGCGUUGCCAUUUUCUGCUGUGGGUAACUGUGUGCAGUGUCUUGCCUUGCUUUCUCUUCUCACUGUCCCACAGCUUGGUUUCAUGUUACAAACAGAAAAGCUCGAGGCUCCCACCCCGCCACAUCCCAACUUCAUUUCCCCCUCACUGUAGCCCAUUUCCACCCCACCACAAAGUUGCCACAGAAGGUUUUCUUUGUAUAGAAUAUUUAUUUUGAAGCUCUAUUUUAAUAGUAUUUAUUUUAGAAAGUCUACUAUUGUAAGAGUUCUUCUGUUUGUGAAGAAAAAAACAAGUUAAAAACUGAAUGUACUGAUUUAGAAAAUAUAUAUAAAUAUAUAUUGUUAAAUAUA